AUGGAGAACCCCGGCGGCAACAGCAGCAACAACAAUCCCGAGCAGCAGACCAGCCUGAUGGGCGGCCAUGCUCAGUAUCUCAAGGGCGUUGGAGAGGCGGCUGUUGGAAGCAUCAGCGGCUCCAAAGCCUGGGCCGACUCGGGAGUCCACGACAAGGAAGCCGGCCUUGCCGCAAUGAAGAAGGCGGGCGAACAGCGAGAUCCCAACCAGGGCUAUGGCCGAGCCGAAGAGUGGGCGGGCAAGUUGACCGGCUGCGAGGGAAUGCAGAAGGAGGGCUUCGAGAGUGCUCAUCAGAGGAAAGACUGA